AUGGCCAUCACACUGUCCAGCAUACACUCGAGCUUCAAAGUCCUGCGCAAACAUCAGCCCCAGAGGCAGCAGAUCACGCGGCAGAGGCGAACAACAGGCCCUCUGAAUGAGAAAUUGAGACGGCGCAGGAUACGGGAGGAAGCCAAUUUCUGGCUAUGUUGGAUGCUGCUGCUCAACUUUGUCUUGCCAGUCUCAGACACGCUUUCCUGGGCGAUCCCUUUCUACGAUGAGCUACUCUGCCUUUCACUCAUCUGUCUCGCAUCCAACCGUAUCAGUCUGUCGUUGUGGAUCCACACGCGCUUUCUCAGGCGGACACUCGCGCCAUACGAGAGAGCAAUCGACGGCCUCCUUCACGUCUCACAGGCCCUUUCAGACAGUGUCAGCGCGCUUGCGACCGCUCCGAUGGAUCUGAUGUAUCGUUCAGUCGAUCGCUUCAGGCGUGCAACGUCAUGGCAUGCAGAACGAGUGAACCGAGAAGAAGUACCCGUCAAUGCCGUCAUACUCCAGCUUGGCACGCGACUGGAUAGCUUGUCCGGGCCAAGAACGCCAGAGAAGCAGCCGCUUCGUCGCUAUAUCGCCACGCCAGCUCCCGUACCUGGAGCGCUGCCCCUGACUGCCCGACCGGCACGACGGAUCAAGAAACGCGCCUCUUGGGUCCAGGAAUCCGCAUUCUCACUCUUAGGUCUGCCUCAGGAGAGUGACAUGCAGCUCGCGACGCCUUUGUCAGCUACAAGUACGCUUCGCUCAUUGGAGCCAGACACGAACCUAUCGAUCGAUAUAGCGGCAUCGCAUCGACCUCGUCCGUUAGAAUUUGGCACCAUAACAUCGGCAGAAGAGAUCAUGAUGCCUUCAGCGAUUCCCUCCGCUAGCCGGUCAUCAUUCAAAAAGGUGUCUACACAAUCGCCGGCUCGAGUAAAGCGUGUGCGGGAGCCGCAUCUACCAACACGAUCCUCGCCUCGUAAGCGAGUCGCAAGAAUCGCAACAGAGCCGACUCCACAGCUGCGGCAACCCAGACGGACUUCUCGUCUGCCCGUUCCCAUCAGGGAGACGGCGCGGCAUAGCUAG